AUGAAACCAGAAAUUGCACAAGAACUCUCGCAUACUCUUUUGACAGAGCUUUUGGCUUAUCAAUUUGCCUCUCCCGUCAGAUGGAUUGAAACCCAGGAUGUAUUCUUGAAAGACUACAAUACCGAGAGAGUUGUCGAGAUUGGACCUUCUCCGACCUUGGCAAAUAUGGCUAUGAAGACCAUCAAGAACAAGUAUGAAUCUUAUGAUGCUGCAUUGUCUUUGCAAAGACAGGUUUUGUGCUAUUCCAAGGAUGAGAAAGAGAUCUACUACACUCCUGAUCCUGCUGAAGUCGAGACUACCGACGAGGAAGUUAAGCCAAAUGCUUCUGCUCCAGUUCCUGCAGCAGCUGCUGCUACUGCUGCCGCUCCUGUCACGGUUUCAGCCCCGCCUGCAGCUGCAGCUAGUGAUAUUCCUGAUGAAGCUAUCAAUGCUUCAAUGAUUGUUCGUACCAUUGUUGCUCAUAAAUUGAAAAAGACACUCGAAGACAUUUCUAUGGGCAAAGCAAUUAAAGAUUUGGUUGGUGGAAAGUCUACCGUUCAGAACGAGAUUGUGGGUGAUUUGGGUAAAGAGUUUGGUAAUACUCCUGAGAAGCCAGAAGAUAUGCCUUUACAGGAGCUUUCCGAAGCUUUUCAGGAAACCUUUGGCGGCUCCUUCGGUAAAGUUACUUCUUCCCUUGUUGCUCGUUUAGCCUCUUCCAAGAUGCCUGGUGGUUUUUCUGUGGGCACUGCCAGAAGGUACAUGAAAUCCCGUUGGGGACUUCAACAAGGUAGACAGGAUGCUGUUUUGCUAUAUGCGGUUACAUCCGAACCUCCUCAACGUCUUGGUGCCGAAGCCGAUGCCAAUGCCUUCUUUGAUACCUUGGUUCAGAGAUAUGCUGCUAAGCAGGGUGUCAAUUUAGCCCAAGCCGGAGCUUCAAAUGCUGGUGGUGUGGGUGCUGGUGCUGCUGUCGUUGAUUCUGCUGCUCUUGAGGCCAUUAGCAAAGAGAACAAGACUAUGGCUCGCCAGCAAUUGGAGACCUUAGCUAGAUACUUGAAAUUGGACCUUACUAAAGGUGAUCGUUCUUUAAUUAAGCAAGAGGAGGCUACAAAGGUUUUGCAAGCUGAAUUGGAUUUGUGGGCUGAAGAGCAUGGCGAAUUCUAUGCUUCUGGUAUUAAGCCGGCCUUUUCUAGACCCAAAGCCCGUGUUUACGAUUCAUACUGGAAUUGGGCUCGUCAGGAUGCUUUGUCAAUGUACUUUGAUAUCAUAUUCGGUAACCUUACCUCUGUUGAUCGUGAGACUGUUACCCAGUGUAUUCAGAUCAUGAAUAGAGCUAAUCCUACAUUGAUUGAAUUUAUGCAAUACCAUAUUGAUCAAACUCCAACUGAGAAAGGUGAAACUUACGAGUUGGCCAAACGUCUCGGUCAGCAAUUGAUUGAUAAUUGUCGUGAGGUCUUGGGUCAUGAUCCCGUCUACAAAGAUGUUUCAUAUCCAACCGGUCCUAAGACAACUGUUGAUGCCAAGGGAAAUGUUGUUUACGAGGAAGUUCCACAGGAUGCUUACCGUAAGCUCGAACAAUAUGUUCAUACAAUGGCACAGGGCGGUGAGAUGACCAAAGACAAGUCUCAUCAUUCUAUCCAGGAGGACUUGCGUAGGGUUUACAAGGCCAUUUCUAAGCAGGCCUCAGUAGAGUCAAAACUGGAGUUCGGCAAAUUGUACAAACAAUUGAUCGAGUUCGUUGAUAGAAACUCUGAGAUUGAGGUUUCCAAGUCCACUAAUGCUGUAUUGGAUGAGGGUGCCAGUUCUGAUAACGACAAAGAUACUGCUGAGAUUGCCUCGUUGAAAGAUUACUCUGAAAUCAAGAGGCCAGUUUCCGAAACCAUUCCACCAGAGACAAUUCCUUUCUUGCAUAUUCGUAGAAAGGACAGAUUUGGCACGUGGGUCUACGACAAGCAGCGUUCUGCUAUUUUCUUGGACGAGCUGGAGAACGCUGCCGUUAACGGUAUUACUUUUAAGGGUAAAUACGCUCUGAUCACUGGUGCUGGAAAGGGAUCCAUUGGUUCUCAAGUGCUACAGGGCUUGCUUUCUGGUGGCGCAAAAGUUAUUGUUACCACUUCCAGAUACUCCAAGAAAGUCACUGAAUACUAUCAGCAAAUGUAUUCUCGUUACGGUGCUUCGGGCUCUACUUUAGUGGUUGUUCCGUUCAAUCAGGCAUCUAAACAGGAUCUCAGUGCAUUAGUUCAAUUCAUCUAUGAUGAGGUUAACCACGGUGGUCUUGGCUGGGAUUUGGAUUACAUUAUUCCAUUUGCUGCUAUUCCAGAAAUGGGUAUUGAAAUGGACAACAUUGACUCCAAAUCAGAAUUGGCACAUAGGAUCAUGCUCACAAACUUGUUGCGUUUACUCGGUGAAGUUGCUAAGCAGAAGCGUGUUCAUAAAAUUCUUACCCGUCCGGCUGAAGUUAUCUUACCUAUGUCGCCUAAUCACGGUACAUUUGGUUCAGAUGGUCUGUACUCUGAAUCGAAACUAGCUCUAGAGACUUUGUUUAACAGAUGGUAUUCCGAAUCCUGGUCUUCCUAUUUGACUAUUUGUGGUGCAGUUAUUGGUUGGACUAGAGGUACUGGUCUAAUGUCAGGAAACAACAUCAUUGCCGAGGGCAUUGAAAAAUUGGGCGUUCGUACUUUCUCUCAGAAGGAGAUGGCUUUUAACCUACUUGGUUUAUUGACUCCCCAGAUUAAGAUUAUGUGUGAAAAUGGCCCCAUUAUGGCAGAUUUGAACGGUGGCUUGCAAUUUGUCAGGAAUUUACGCGAGUACACAAACAAACUUCGUGCGGAGAUCAACAACUCCUCUGACGUCAGAAAGGCUGUCAGUAUCGAGACUGCUAUGGAUUACAAAGUAAUCAAUGGAGAUAGUGCUGAUGCUCCGUUCAAUCCAUCCAAAAUCAAACCAAAGGCUAACAUGAAGUUUGAAUUCCCUGUGAUGAAGUCUUAUGAAGAAAUUAAGGCAAAGGCUCCUGAGUUGGAGGGUAUGCUUGACCUUGACAGAGUGGUGGUUAUUACCGGUUUUGCUGAGGUUGGUCCUUGGGGUAACUCACGUACUCGUUGGGAGAUGGAGGCCUCCGGCGAGUUCUCAUUGGAAGGUUGUGUUGAGAUGGCAUGGAUCAUGGGAUUGAUUAAGUACUUCAAUGGCAGUAUCAAGGGCAAGCAGUAUACUGGUUGGGUUGAUGCCAAAACUCAACAGCCGGUUGCUGAUGCUGAUAUCAAGAAGAAAUACGAGAAACAAAUCUUGGAGCACUCGGGCAUUCGUUUGAUCGAGCCUGAGUUGUUCAGUGGUUAUGACCCUAACAGAAAGGAGCUGAUUCAGGAGGUUGUUAUUCAAGAGGAUAUGGAUGUGUUCACUGUUGACAAGGAGACAGCCAAACAAUUCAAGUUGCAGCACGGUGAACACGUCGAAAUCUUCCCGCAGGAGGAUUCUGAUGAGGAGUAUUCGGUUAGAAUUUUAAAGGGUGCUAAGCUUUACAUCCCUAAGGCACUCAGAUUUGAUCGUUUGGUUGCUGGUCAGAUUCCUACUGGUUGGAACGCCAAAACAUACGGUAUUCCGGAAGAUAUUAUUGAUCAGGUAGAUCCUCUCACACUUUAUGUACUAGUUGCCACCGUUGAGGCUUUGUUAAGCGCUGGCGUCACCGACCCUUACGAGUUCUACAAGUAUGUCCAUGUUUCCCAAGUUGGAAAUUGUACUGGUUCUGGUAUUGGUGGCGUUUCAGCGUUGCGUGGAAUGUUCAAAGACCGUUACAAGGACUUACCAGUUCAGAACGAUGUUUUACAAGAGUCGUUCAUCAAUACUGUCUCAGCUUGGGUUAACAUGCUUUUGCUUUCUUCUUCUGGUCCUAUUAAAACCCCAGUGGGUGCUUGUGCCACUGCCAUAGAAUCUGUCGAUGUUGGUAUUGAAACUAUUCUUUCUGGUAAAGCAAAGAUCGUUCUUGUUGGUGGUGCUGAUGACUUUCAAGAAGAAGGCUCUUACGAGUUUGCCAACAUGAAGGCCACCUCCAACUCUUUGGAGGAAUUUGAGCAUGGUAGGACACCAGCCGAGAUGUCUCGGCCUGCCACGACCACAAGAAGUGGUUUUAUGGAAGCACAAGGAUCUGGUAUCGAGGUUUUGAUGACUGCUUCGUUGGCAUUAAAGAUGGGUGUUCCUAUCUAUGCCGUUGCCGCUAUGGCAUCUACUGCAUCUGACAAGAUUGGACGUUCUGUGCCUGCUCCUGGACAAGGUAUUUUGACUACUGCAAGAGAGUAUCACGGCUCCUUGCAAUACAAGUCACCUAUGUUGGAUAUCAAGUAUCGUUCCAGACAGCUCAGGCUGAGAAAAUUGCAAGCCAAGGAAUGGUAUCAGGGCGAAUUGCAGUACUUGCAAGGAGAGGCUGAGUCGCUCGCUGUCAAAGAUGUUUCGUUCAAGAAGGAUGAAUAUUUGGCUGAGCGUUCCGAAGAGUUGCAGAGAGAAGUCAAUCAACAGAUUAAAGAUAUCCAGAGGCAGUAUGGUAAUGAGUUCUGGAAGGGAGAUCCGCGUAUUGCACCACUCAGAGGAGCAUUGGCCACUUUCGGUCUUACUAUUGAUGACUUGGGUGUUUGUUCCUUCCAUGGUACUUCUACUAAGGCCAAUGAUAAGAAUGAGUCUGAGACUAUCGAUAUGAUGAUGCAGCAUUUGGGUAGAACACCUGGUAACUCUGUAUAUGGUGUUUUCCAGAAGUUUUUGACUGGUCAUCCUAAAGGUGCUGCUGGUGCUUGGAUGUUGAACGGUGCCAUUCAAAUUCUACAAACUGGUUUGGUGCCUGGUAACCGUAAUGCCGAUAACAUCGAUAAAGUCUUGGAGAAGUAUAAAUAUGUCUUGUUUUCAUCACGUUCAGUGCAGACCGAUGGUAUCAAGGCCAUUUCUGUCACUUCUUUUGGUUUCGGUCAGAAGGGUGCUCAGGCUGUGGUUGUGAAUUCGGACUAUCUCUUUGCUGCCUUGCCUAAGAAAGAGUACGAAGAAUAUAAGGCUAAAGUUGAGCAGAGACAUAAGAAGUCUUAUGCUUAUAUGCACAAUGCUUUGCUUCAUAACACCAUGUUUGUUGCUAAGGAUCAUGCUCCUUACACCGAUGAGCAAGAACAGAGGGUCUACCUGGAUCCAUUGGCCAGGGUUUCGUUGGACAAGCAGGAUAAAUAUGUCUUCAAAACUAGUGACCUUCAGAAGAAAGGUGAAUAUGUGUCCGCGUCUGCUUUGAAGACUGCUAGUGUCUUGAGCUCUUUGGCUACUAGCACUACCUCUUCAUCUAAAGGUGUUGGCGUUGAUGUUGAAAUGAUCUCUGCUAUCAAUGUGGAAAAUGAUACUUUUAUCCAGCGCAAUUUCACUCCUGCAGAGAUCAAAUACUGUCAGCAGGUUCCCGAUUCCCGUGCUUCAUUUGCAGGUCGUUGGUCUGCCAAAGAGGCCAUUUUCAAAUCUUUGAAUGCGGAAAGUAAAGGUGCUGGUGCCUCUUUGAAGGAUAUCGAAGUCGUGAGCGACGCUAAAGGUGCCCCUCAGGUGAAGCUUACUGGAUCCGCCUUGGAUGCGGCCAAGAAAAAUGGUAUCAGGAAUGUGAAGGUGUCCAUUUCACAUGACGAUGUUCAGGCUGUUGCGGUUGCCAUAUCCGAAUACUAG